CAACAAAAACUUUAACUGGCUAAUCCAAUUUGAUACACAUUUGUCAAAACGUUCUAAUUUUAUAGCUUGAUUUUUUGGAGAAAGCAUAAAUAACAAGAUAAAUGCAAUGUCUGCACAGAACUAACAAGAUAAAAUAGCUACGAAAUAACUAAAUUUUAUCAUUGGUAAUUGAGUGUUCGCAAACGUCAAGAAUAGUCUCAAAGAAUUUGCCAACAGAAAUGCAAUGUCUGCACAAAUUUUUCAUCCCAACAACUUCAUUUCCUCGCACCGAUGAAUCACCAAAUUCGCGCCCACGGCCCAGGAGCAGAAUUCAUUACAGAGCACAAACCUGCGACGAAGAUAAGGGUAAAAUCGCGUCAAGGUCGAAGACGACGACUUUACAUCCGAACGUGAGUGUCAUUACGAGCACGUCAAACCCAUUCGUUAAACAUUGCGUCAAGCUUCGCCAGAGCUCCUCCUAUCGCCAUGUUCACGGCUCAGUUCUUGUUGUCGGCAACACCAUAAUUAGGGAAAUAUUCAGGUUCCAUAAAGCAGUCCCAAAUGGACCUAUAAUAGAUUGCUUAUUCGUGCUAGACAACUUUUGUAUCCCUGAAGAAAUGGAUGUUGAUUCUGUUCGUGUGAUCCUAGUUAAUUCAGAGGUGAUAAGAAAAGUUUCAGGUGUUCAGUGUGUUGAUGCUGUUGAAGCCUUUGCAUUAGUUAGAACUCCAUCAACAUAUCACGUUGUUGCCAACAGCUUGCAUGAAGAGGAUUGGCAUUCAUUGUUUUCAUCCCCCCAUCGUGUUCUAGUUCUUGAUAGAAUCCAGGAUCCUGGCAACCUUGGCACACUGAUCAGAACUGCCACUGCAUUUAGAUGGGACGGAAUCUUUCUUCUUCCAGGGUGCUGUGACCCAUUCAAUGACAAAGUCCUGCGGGCCUGCCGAGGGGCCUGCUUUCAGAUCCCAAUAGUUUCUGGUGACUGGGCCCACGUCAAAACCCUUACACAGGCUUUUGAGAUGAGAAUGUUAGCGGGCCACCCAACAACCAGCAACGACCCAGGUCCCGUUAUCAAGCUCUCUCAAGAUUUUGCGGAUUCAUUAGCGGAUUCGCCUUUGUGCCUGGUCCUGGGCAAUGAAGGUGGUGGCCUUUCUGAUAUUAGUCUGAGAGCUUGCGAGCUCGUGACCAUUCAAAUGGCGGGGAAGUUCGAGUCUCUGAAUGGCAUGAAGAUUGAAAUGGAAUGGAAAAUGCAUUUGACGAGGCUUAAAGGAGCUUGGUUGUGGUAUGAAAAGCAUGCCGCAAAAGGAUACAACUUCUGAAACAUAUGAUUCAAGGAGCCACAUGCCAUAAGAUGUGGCUCAUUUCAUGAAUCUUAUAAGAAAAAUUCGACACUAACAGUUCGUGAGGGUAGUAUUCUCUCUGUGUUUUUUACCGUUGGAUCGACACACGAUCCAACACACUCAUGUGGAUAUGGUGUGCCCUUACGUGAUAUUUUUAGAGCAUAUUGCAAAUUUAGUCCUGUAUGUUCUAGCCAUUUCCAAAGUAGUACGUUUUUUGAAUUCAUCUUGUAUGUAUACCAAAAUAUCGUUCUGUUGGAAAAAUUGAAAGUCGUCGGACUUGCACACUUGCCAUCCAAGUGUAGUCAGAAAAGCACACGUGUUCUCCAAGGUGACCAAUUGUUGAUUUGGAACCCAUGUAGAUCUUAAUAGAGCAUUGGAGGUCGAAGAUGGUCAGGUCGAUGGUGACCACAAAGAUAAGGGAUCUCACCAGGUCAAGCUAGGGUUCUCAGCCUGAUAGAAACUCGAACUAGAGGCAGGUAGGUCAAUAACGCGACCUAAAGGAAUACGCUGAAGGUCGGAGCAACCUGGUUCAAGUGAACCGUCUAAUGAGCUAGUCUAACGUGAACACAUUACAUAAGAGAUAAGAAUGAAUAUUAUUAGGGUAAGAACCACACGUGGAUCAGACCACGCGGCCUAACAGAAUCGGGAAGUUUGGGCACUCGGCAACACGAACGGGUAGCUCGGGCAAGAGGGCAGCCCAGUCGGGCAGUUUUGGGC